UGUCAAUGGUACUGAAGUGAAAGUUCCAUAUUAUGGAAAUGGACUUAGCAUGAUAAAACAUGGCAUCAAAAUAGCUAUUAAUAUUCAUGCUAUUCGAACCACAAUUGUUGGUUCCAAUACCACCUUCAAGAUUACAGUGCCAGAACAGUAUUUCUUAGAUAAUACCGAAGGACAAUGUGGUUCUUGUUCCAAAGAUAUUAAUGAUGAAUGUACAAGAAGGAAUGGAAAUUUAGAAUCUCUUGACUGCUGUCACAAAACUGCACUUGACUGGAAAGUUGACAAUCCUAAUAAGGCAUAUUGUGCAGCAGCUCCUACAGAUAUGUCGUGUGAAGCCCCUCCUACACCCCCAACAUGCGCAUAUGAGAAUACAGUGUGUGAUAUUAUAUCUGGACAAUCAUUCAGAAAUUGCAACAAAAUGCAAGAUCUUACAAAGUACAUUAAGGUGUGUCAGAAUGACCACUGUGCAGUGAAUUCUACAGAGUUGGAAUGUUCUUCUUUGGAAGCUGCUGCCAUGAUAUGUACUGCAGCUGGGGCAUGUACUGACUGGAGAGCCUCGACAAAUGGAUUAUGCCCCUACAGCUGUCCAGUGGGUUUCACAUAUAAAGCCUGUGCUGUUUAUAAUCAUAACUACUGUAAAGAUGGUGAGAUGAUAUCUGGGGAGAAAUUUGAUGAGAGAGUUGAAGGCUGCUUUUGUGCAUUUGGUUUGAUGUUGUCUGAGGAUGGAACCCAAUGUGUUCCUUCAUGUCAGAAAUGCAAAGAUGAUGCAGGAAACACAAGAGAUGAAGGUGAAAGUUGGUCUCAUCCCAAUGAUACAUGUAUCCAAUACCAAUGUUCAAAAGGUGUGGUAACAAAGUUGCAAAUAACAUGUUCGUCUCGUCCAACCUGUGACGAGGCUAACAAAAUAUGGGAUAGCUAUCACUGCUGCUACACCUGUUUGCAGGAAGUAAAAGUCUGUGCUGUAAAAAACAAACAGCUCACUUUCACGAAGGAUAACUGUUCAACAAAUGUUGUGGUGCAAGUAUGUGAUGGAUAUUGUGACUCAUUUGCCAUGUUCAAUCCCAAAGUGAAUGGCAUGGAACGACAGUGUUCUUGCUGCUAUGAAAAUCAAUAUGAGACAAGAACAGCGAUGUUGCAAUGCUCCAAUGGAAACACGACUUCAUAUUCAUAUAUUUAUGUGAACUCAUGCCAGUGCAAAUCCUGUGGAAACACAGCAUAUUAAUGUUGCGCACACAUAGCUAACCAGCUGAACAUAUUUCAAUUAAUGCUUAAAUUAGACACUAAAUUCUAAACUCGAAGAUUCAUUUUCUUUAUGUAUUCUGCUUGAUUGGUACUACUUGGUGGUGAUAAGAUAAUGUUGUAACAUUACUCCCAAAUGCUUCUUUUAAACUGUGGGAAUGUAGUCUCUUCAUAACAUGUCAUUUAUCUGUUGCAAACCUUUCACUCAUUUA